GCUGUGGAGUUCUUUAAUCAUCUCUAUGUGGAGAAGCCUCUUUUACCCUUUUUGAUUCCUCUGGUUUUGGUUUUAUGGGGCAUUGAGAGAUGGGUUUUCUCUGUCUCCUAUUUGGUCCCUCUUGUUGUUGCUGUUUGGGCAACUAUUCAGGCAAGUCCUUCUCCUUUCCUCCUUAAGUUUUUCCUCUUUCUUGUUUGUUUAUUGUUGUUAUCUGUUUUCCAAGUUCCAACUAGUCUUACAUGUUGACACUGUUAUUUUUUAAUUUUCAUUUUCAAAAAUUGGGAUUUUGUGGUUAUUUUUAUAGAAUUGCUGGACAUGAACGGUUUGUAUAAAAUGAGAGGCUUUAACGUAAAAGCAAAAUAUUGUGUUAUUGAAAGCUGAUAUUUUUCUCCUCUUUUUCCUUCGGCUCAGAAUUAGUACUAAUAGAUUGGUCCAAUAUGAAUUUAUAGAUUUUUUCCAUUCAAUUUUUUUUCCUUCAUUUACAUUAUGUAUUCUUAAUAUUUAUAAAUUUUCUUUUCUCUUUUUAAUUUUUUUAAUGCUUAGUUCAGUUCUUUUUCAUUCAGUUGUAAGAUUCUGUUUUUAACUAAUCGUAAUGCUAAGUAUCAUUUUUUUUUCUUUCCUUUGGUGAAAUUUGUUCAAUUCAUAGGCAUAUCAUUUCUUCUUAGCUGGUUUAUUAUUUUCAGUUACUUUGCUUAUAAUUGGUGGUGAAUUAUAUGAAUUUUAUAAUUCUCCAAAAUGCAUUUAGUUGUUUGUCACACAUAAAUAUCUGUGGCUUCUAGGGAAACCUUCCAGAAGAUGAAUACUAAGUUGCAUUAUCCUCUUGAUUACUCUUCUAAAUGUUUAAGUAUUAGAUUGUGUGAUAUUCUCGUAGUGCUGAAUGUAAUCAUAUAUUUUAAAGGUUUGACAUUAUCCAUUUCUUGAAAAAUUUUUUCUGUUUCAAGGUGCAAGAUGUUUUGCUGGAGAUUUAAGAGGAGUAUCUAAUUCACUUUCCAUGAUAAGCUGUUAGGUUUAUUUAUUUAUUUAUAUAUGUGGGCCUUAAGUUAUCAAAUUUAAAAGUGGGUUUCCACAUAACAGAGCUGUAUAAAAUUUUAGAAAAAUUAUAGGUUGACAUCCACUGGUUUGUUGCUGAUCAGAUGAAACAGAAUUACUGUCAUUAUUUUUACUUUACAGUAUUGCAGUUAUCAACGUCAAAUACUUGUCGAAGACUUGAACAGAAAGUGGAAGCGAGUUGUGUUGAACACUUCGCCAAUAACACCUUUGGAACACUGUGAGUGGCUGAACAAGCUGUUCAUGGAAGUUUGGCUCAACUACAUAAACCCAAAACUAUCAAUAAGGUUUUCAUCCAUGGUUGAGAAACGUCUAAAGAAGCGUAAGUCAAAGCUCAUAGAAAGAAUUGAAUUACAGGAGUUUUCACUAGGUUCAUACCCACCUUACUUGGGUCUCCAUGGCAUUCGCUGGUCAACUUCAGCGAUUUAUGCAUGUUGGUUUUGAUUGGGACACCAAUGACAUAAGCAUUAUGCUGAUGGCUAAGCUGGCCAGGCCAAUGGGAACUGCUCGUAUUGUUGUUAACAGCCUCCACAUUAAGGGUGAUCUUCUCAUACUGCCUGUUUUAGAUGGAAAAGCAAUUUUGUAUUCAUUUGUUUCAACACCAGAAGUAAGAAUAGGAGUUGCCUUUGGAAGUGGUGGAAGCCAGUCGCUACCUGCAACAGAACUGCCUGGUGUUUCUUCUUGGCUGGUCAAAAUUCUUACUGAAACCUUAGUUAAGACAAUGGUUGAACCUCGUCGCCGUUGUUACUCUUUACCAGCAGUAGAUUUAAGGAAAAAGGCUGUUGGUGGAGUUAUUCAUGUGACAGUCUGUUCCGCUAGCAAAAUUUCUAGUAGUAACUUUAGAGGAAGCCCUUCAAGAAGGCAACAAAAUUAUUCUGCAAAUGGUAGUUUAGAAGAGCAUUUCGAUGAUAAAGAUUUGCAAACUUUUGUGGAGGUUGAACUUGAACAGUUAACAAGGAGAACAGAUGUAAGAGCAGGCACAAGUCCAAGAUGGGAUUCAACAUUUAAUAUGGUUUUGCAUGAAGAAACUGGAAUUCUUCGAUUUCAUCUUUACAAUAGUAACCCCAGCAGUGUGAAGUUUGACUAUUUAGCAAGUUGCGAGAUAAAGAUGAAGUAUGUUGCUGAUGAUUCAACAAUGUUUUGGGCAGUAGGACCCAACACAGGGGUAAUUGCUGAGCAUGUUGAGUUUUGUGGAAAAGAAAUAGAGAUGAGUGUUCCAUUUGAGGGGGUUAAUUCAGGAGAGUUGACAGUCAAGCUUGUGUUGAAAGAAUGGCAAUUCUCUGAUGGUUCACAUAGCUUCAACAAAUUCCGUGUUAGCUCUCAGCAGUCAACAGAUGGAUUAUCAAAUAUUCUUUCAAGAACAGGAAGAAAGAUAAAUGUAAUUGUUGUGGAGGGAAAGGAUCUUACCAUAAAAGAAAGAUCUGGAAAGUGUGACCCAUAUGUUAAACUGCAGUACGGAAAGGUUUUCCAGAGAACAAGGACUGCACAUGCUCCUAAUCCUUUUUGGAAUCAGAAGUUUGAAUUUGAUGAGAUUGGAGAUGGUGAAUGCCUUAAGAUUAAAUGCUAUAAUGAAGAAAUGUUUGGAGAUGAUAACAUUGGUAGUGCACAAGUGAAUAUGGAAGGACUGGCUGAGGGUUCACUCAGGGAUGUGUGGGUUCCCCUUGAAAAAGUGAAUUCAGGAGAAUUGAGGCUUCAAAUAGAAGCAGUGAGAGCUGAUGAAUGUACUGGCUCAAAGGGUUCCACUGCAGGCUCGGGCAAUGGCUGGAUUGAACUUGUUCUUAUUGAAGCUAGGGACCUUAUAGCUGCUGAUCUCAGAGGGACGAGCGAUCCAUAUGUGAGGGUGCAAUAUGGGAACUUGAAGAGAAGAACAAAGGUUAUGUACAGAACAUUGAAUCCUCAGUGGAAUCAGACCUUAGAGUUCCCUGACGAUGGCAGUCCCUUAGAGUUACAUGUGAAAGACCACAAUGCUUUGCUGCCCACAUUAAGUAUAGGCGACUGUGUAGUAGAAUAUCAGAGAUUACCACCAAAUCAGAUGUCUGACAAGUGGAUACCACUCCAAGGAGUGAAAAGGGGAGAGAUUCAUAUUCAAAUUACGAGGAAAGUUCCAGAAGUACAGAAGAGACCUAGUCUGGAUUCUGAUUUAUCUGAAAUAAAAUCACAUGAAUUUUCUAGCCAGAUGAGAGAGAUGAUGAACAAAAUUCAAUCUUUAAUUGAGGUUUGCGAUCUUGAAGGACUCUCAACAGCUUUAAGCGAGAUGGAAGUCCUAGAGGACAUGCAAAAGGACUACAUGAUGCAGCUCGAGACCGAGCAAAAGCUUCUACUUAACAAAAUAAAGGAGCUUGGUCAGGAAAUUUUUAGCUCAUCAACUUCCAUUAUCAGAAGAUCUUCUAUGAGUUGAAAUAUUUAGCCAUUUUAAUCUUCUUUGUUAUUAUUAUCCUCAUCAGAAAUUCGCUUGUACAAAGACCUCACAGUUCAAAUAGGUACACGAAUCUCCGACACCGUUGCCUAUACUUUCAAAUAACCUUUAUGCUGUGAAAAUUGUAAAUGGCCUGUAACUCUUUCAGCAGCAGAAGAAGAAAUUGGCCUUCAGAUCUCAAUAUAAUCAGCCUGUUGCACA